AUGUCUCCUGAACAGCCCCCUAUGGCGCAGCCAAAGCUCAGCAUCUCUACAUCAGACCCAGUCAUCGCUCGCAAGCUCGUCGACGAGGAGAUGGAGCAGCUCAGAGGGCCUAAAAGUGCUUCUGAAUGUCUUGGGCUCCCCGGUGACUAUCCAACCGGACUGAAUCGGUCAAGGUCUUUGUCUAAUAGAUCUGACCUAUCCAGCCGCAUCGACGACUAUGGUCGUAGAUUUAGAGAAGACAACACGUCAGGAUCGCUCGAGAAGGGUCUCCAGCAACUGUCUCUCCUCGGGGUAGGGACUGAAGGCUCUUUGGGCGGCCCAGAGACCUAUAGACCUGAUGAGGUUCAAAUUCAGUCCUUGGCUGAUGAUCUCACCACUGCCGCGGUGCCACAUUAUCGCGAUAGAACCAAGGACUGGAUACCACUGGGUGAGCUACGGCGGCUCUGUAGCCCCCCGGUUGUUUAUGAGGAACUGAGGGGAAGGGUUGAUAAAUCUCAUCUGCAGAAGUACACCGACUACGUGUGUGGUCAGACUGACGAUGACUUCAACGCUGAACGUUCGUCACAUAUACUGUUCGCAAUUCUUGUGCUGACUGGACGAUUGGAUCUACUAGGUGGAUUUUACGAGGCCAAGAUCUGUGACAGGGACUUUCCCUUCAUCCGGGGGGAUGAUGGUGUGCUUCGACCACUCAAGAGGGACUCGCGGGGCAAGGAGACACGCCAUUUCCCUUCAACUGAGAAGAGCUUCAUCUCUCAGUUCUACCGGGAGCAGUGGCACAUCAAUGUCCCCAUCAUAUCUAUGACUCGUGACAAGCAACCUGCUGAGUACGAGCUUCAUGCUGAGACCAUCAUGCCAUGGACGUCUCGUCGCCAUAUCAACGAAAAGGGCGGCCAUGCUGAUGUAUACGAGGUCGAAAUCCAUCCGGAUCAUCAUCGCUUCAUCGGACAUGAGGUGUUUGCUCUCAAGGUGCUUCACUCUCCCGACCAGGACGAGUUUGAGCGAGAGCUAUACGCUCUCAGAAAGACCCCGCCUGGGGAUCAUGUGAUCGAGUUGUUUGCUACCUUCCAGUGUGGCAGUGAACUCUCGUUCCUCUUCCCAUGGGCAGAAGGGGGUAGCCUAGGCGACCUCAUGAAGAAGCACCCCUCCGAGCUCUUUGCCUCGCCGACCAAUGCCUCGCCUCUCCUCAUCCAGUGGAUUGCAAAACAAUGCGCUGGGAUCGCCGAGGGUCUCCGCGGGAUUCACAACGUCAAGCCGGCGGUGCGGCGCAAGGGCGACAAGCCCAACCAAGAUUGGAAGGACAACUACGGCAUCCACAGGGAUAUCAAACCCGCAAACAUUCUUCGAUUUACCGACAAGAAACUGGACGGCGAUUUAGGCAAGCUCAAACUAGCCGACUUUGGCCUGACCAAGUUCCACACGCUGGCCUCGAGGUCGCUACAGCCUGGGAAAGGGAAAAUGUCUCCAAGUUAUGCUGCACCUGAGCAGAUGAAAGAGGGACCCGGCGUUUCCAGAAAAGCAGACAUAUGGGCUCUGGGCUGCGUCUUCUUGAUGCUCUUGACCUGGGCCAUCCGAGGACCAGGAGCGCUGAGGAGAUUCCAAUGCGUUCGCAUGAACGAAGGAGACAUGGGUCACGCGAGUCGCUUUUGGAACACGGACUCGUUUUUCAUAAAUGUCACCCAGCAAUUUGGCCAUUCGGUUUCUAGUGGCUUCCUUCUGAAGCGAGCGGUUGCACUUCGUGUUAAAUAUAAUAAGAGGGCAAUCUCUAGAGUAGAUGGCGAAGCCAACUACCUGACCGAGUUCCUCGACUUUAUUCUCCAUCACAUGUUGGUCAUUGACAAGACGCAGCGUGCCGGAUCCGACGAGGUCUGCGAGUUUCUUCACAACAAGAUGCAAAAGUACAACAAGGACGGCUAUAAUGUCACUCUCCCUUCCUUGGACAGGCCAAAAAAUGUGGACGAGCCCGAAUGCGCUUGUAACCACGAGGAUAAUGAGUAUCACUGCCAGUACCAGAAUGGCUCAACCCCUCUGGUUGCUGUUUAG